AUGAGCAGCAACAAGCGCUUCAAGUGUGGACGAUCUGGCCACUGGGCCAGGGAAUGCCCUGCUGGUGGAGGUCAGGGUCGUGGAAUGAGAAGCUACAUCUGUUAUUGCUGUAGUGAGUCUGGUCAUCUUGCCAAGGAUUGUGAUCUUCAGGAAGAUGCCUGCUAUAACUGCGGCAGAGGUGGCCGCAUUGCCAAGGACUGCAAGGAGCCCAAGAGAGAGCGAGAGCAGUGCUGCAACAGCUGUGGCAAACCAGGCCUUCUGGCUCGUGACUGUGACCACGCCGAUGAGCAGAAGUGCUAUUCUUGGGGAGAAUUUGGACACAUUCAGAAAGACUGCACCAAAGUAAAGUGCUAUAGGUGUGGUGAAACUGGUUUUGUAGACAUCAAUUGCAGCAAGGCAAGUAAAGUCAACUGCUACCGUUGUGAUAUUUCUGAAUGA